UCCUUGGUCACAGGCACUCCCUGGGCUAAACAGCACCAUGUCUGUUAGAUUCAGCUCAAGCAGGCAAUACUCUUCCUCCCGGAGUGGAGGAGGAGGUGGAGGAGGAGGAGGAUCAGCCCUCAGGAUUUCAAGCAGCAAAGGCUCUCUUGGUGGAGGAUUUAGCUCAGGAGGAUGCAGUGGUGGUUCUUUCAGUCGUGGGAGCUCUAGUGGUGGCUACUUUGGGGGUGGCUCAUCAGGUGGCUAUGGAGGAAUGGGAGGUUUUGGCGGAGGCUACGGAAGUAGCUGUGGCGGUGGCUAUGGAGGCGGUGGCUUUGGAGGUGGCAGCUUUGGAGGAGGCAGCUUUGGAGGGGGCAGCUUUGGAGGGGGCAGCUUUGGAGGGGGCAGCUUUGGAGGUGGCAGCUUUGGAGGAGGUAGCUUUGGAGGCUUUGGUGGUGGUGGAUAUGGAGGAGAUGGCGGUCUUCUUUCUGGAAAUGAAAAGGUAACCAUGCAAAAUCUGAAUGACCGCUUGGCUUCCUACAUGGACAAAGUUCGGUCUCUGGAAGAAUCAAACUAUGAACUAGAGGGCAAAAUCAAGGAGUGGUAUGAAAAGCAUGGCAAUACAAGCCAGAGAGAGCCUCGUGACUAUAGCAAAUACUACAAAACCAUCGAGGAUCUUAAAAAUCAGAUCCUCAAUCUUACAACUGACAAUGCUAAUAUCCUGCUUCAGAUUGACAAUGCCAGGCUGGCAGCUGAUGACUUCAGGCUGAAGUAUGAGAAUGAGGUAGCCCUGCGCCAGAGUGUGGAUGCCGACAUCAAUGGCCUACGCAGGGUGCUGGAUGAGCUGACCUUGACUAAGGCUGACUUAGAGAUGCAGAUUGAGAGCCUUACUGAAGAGCUGGCCUACCUGAAGAAGAAUCAUGAAGAGGAAAUGAAAGACCUUCAAAAUGUGUCCACUGGUGAUGUGAAUGUGGAAAUGAAUGCUGCUCCAGGUGUUGAUCUCACUCAACUUCUGAAUAACAUGAGAAGUCAGUAUGAACAGCUUGCUGAAAAAAAUCGCAAAGAUGCUGAAGCUUGGUUCAAUGAAAAGAGCAAGGAACUGACUACAGAAAUCGAUAAUAACAUUGAACAAAUGUCCAGCCAUAAGUCUGAGAUUACUGAAUUGAGACGCACUGUUCAAGGUCUGGAAAUCGAACUACAGUCCCAACUAGCUCUGAAACAAUCUCUGGAAUCCUCCUUGGCAGAAACAGAAGGUCGCUACUGUGUGCAGCUCUCACAAAUUCAGUCCCAGAUCACCUCUCUUGAAGAACAACUGCAACAGAUUAGAGCUGAAACCGAGUGCCAGAAUACUGAGUAUCAACAACUUCUGGAUAUUAAGAUCCGACUGGAGAAUGAAAUUCAAACGUACCGCAGCCUGCUAGAUGGAGAGGGAGGCUCUGGAGGUGGCUCCUAUGGCGGUGGUCGAGGUGGCGGUUAUGGGGGCAGUUCCAGUGGCGGCGGCUACGGAGGCGGAAGUUCUGGAGGCGGUCAUGGCAGCAGUUCCGGCGGUGGCCACGGAGGCAGUUCCGGUGGUGGAGGCUAUGGUGGUGGCAGUUCCGGCAGCGGAGGAGGCUACGGUGGUGGCAGUUCCGGUGGCGGAGGAGGCUACGGUGGUGGCAGUUCCAGCAGCGGAGGAGGCUACGGUGGUGGCAGUUCCAGCAGCGGAGGAGGCUACGGUGGUGGCAGUUCCGGAGGCGGCGGCGGCAGCGGAGGCUACGGUGGUGGCAGUUCUGGCGGCUACGGAGGCGGAAGCUCCAGCGGAGGCCACAAGUCCUCCUCUUCCGGGUCUGUUGGAGAGACCUCAUCUAAGGGACCAAGGUCAGCAGAAACCAACUGGGAUACUAGUAAAACCAGAGUAAUCAAGACAAUUAUUGAAGAGGUGUCACCUGAUGGUAGAGUCCUUUCUUCUAUGGUUGAAUCAGAAACCAAGAAACACUACUAUUAAGCUGCAUCAAGAGAAAGAGCCAUCCUUCUGCACAGGCCAUUAUGUCUAGAAAUGCAUGGGAAAAGCCUCCAGUGACACACUUCAGUCUUAAUGGUCUAUGGAAAUAGGUUCACUCCUUGAAAUAGGUGUCUUAAAAGGUGUUUUGUGGUUUCUGUAUUUCCUCUUUUCAUUUUACCAGAAAGUGCUCUUUUAUAGAAAAGGACUUUCUGUUCUCAUUUACUAAUGAAAUUCAAUAAACUUUCUUACUGUUGCAAACUA